GAGGGCAACAGUAUCGCCAACUAGCUUCGCGUACGGCUCGCCACGUUGGAAGACUUUUGACACGGGAUACAGGUCGUUACCAGAGAAUUGAAGACCCAAGAGAGGGACAUACGUUUUAUAUAAAAUAUCUCUGUUUACAAUCUGAGAAUACUGUCAAGAUGAAAGUCAAGGAACUGCUGAAGACUGUGAAUGUAGCAUGGUCUCCACCAGCUCAACAUCCCAUUAUGUUAGCUGCUGGGACAGCAGCGCAGCAAUUGGAUGCGAGUUUUAGUACAUCUGCUAGUUUAGAUUUGUACUCACUGAAUUUACAACAACCAGGAUAUGAAAUGGAAUUGCGAGCCAGUGUUCCUAGUGAUCAUAGGUUUCACAAAAUUAUUUGGGGAUCCUAUGGUAAUAAUCCAGCAGGCAUAAUUGUCGGAGGUUGCGAGGAUGGCACUAUAAAAAUCUAUUCUGCUGCUAAGUUACUAGCCAGAGAAAGUAAUUGUUUGAUAAGUAGCCCUCAUCGACAUGCUGGUCCUGUUAGAGCAAUGGAUUUUAAUCCUUUUCGAGAAGAAAAUCAGUUGGCUACUGGUGCGACAGAGAGCGAGAUCUAUAUUUGGGAUAUUAAUACAAACACACCGACAACUCUCUCCAGAAGUCAGCAAUCAGAGGAUGUCCAACACAUUGCAUGGAACAAGCAAGUACAUUUAAAAGACAUUCUUGCUUCCACAUUUUCACAAUGUUGCAUUAUAUGGAAUGUGAAAGAAAAGAAACCGAUAUUUAAAUUGUCAGACACAAACUCGAGGGUACGUUGGAAAGUUGCUCAAUGGCAUCCAGACAUUGGAACACAAUUGUGCUUAGCAUCCGAGGACGAUCAAACACCUAUUAUUGAAUUAUGGGAUGUAAGGGUUCCAACGUCGCCUUUAAAAACGUUGCAAGGUCAUCAGCGUGGUGUUCUUUCAAUUGCAUGGAAUCCGCAUGAUUCGGACCUACUUUUGAGUUGUGCUAAGGAUAACAGAAUCCUCUGCUGGAAUCCUAACUCAAAUGCACCGAAUGGUGAAGUGAUAUGUGAGCUAGCCCAAACAGCCCAAUGGAACUUUGAUGUGUCUUGGUGUCCAAGGUAUCCAGGAUUAAUUGUUGGCAGCAGUUUUGAUGGUCAUGCUGUUGUGUACUCUUUACUAGGUGGACAACAGCAAGAAACAUCCAACAAGAUAAUUGAUUCAUUCCCAGGAAUGGAUCCCUUCACCCAAUCUACAGUACAAACAGGAACAACAGCAGUAUUAACAAAAGCUCCCAAAUGGUUAAAGAGGCCAUUUGGAGCAUCGUUUGGAUUUGGUGGUAAAUUGGUAAUUUUUGAAAAUCAACCUGCCGAUUCAGCAAAUAAAAAGGGUGACUCAAACAGGAAAGUUAUUAUAUCGCAAGUAAUCACACAGCCAAAUCUUAUUCAACGUUCCAACAAAUUGAAAGCAACACUAGAGACUGAGCAAUAUAGUGACUUCUGUAAGGAAAAGAUGGAGAAGUCUCCUGAUGAUCACACCAAGAAAAUCUGGUGUUGCGUGCGUGCUUACUUUGAUGACAAUGUGACAAAGAGUAUAUUGGAAUUAUUGGGUUACAAUAUUGAUAUAAUGAAUAACAAACUGAAUCAGUUUAUACCUCAAGACGACAUGACGAAUAUUAUAGAAGGUGUCUCUAAUCUUAAUAAUGUACUAAAUGGAAAUGCUAUGGUCGGCAAUACUGCAUUUGAUGCCAUGGAAGAACAAGGCAAGAAACUAGUACCAUCAAACAAAUCUGCAGAUAGUACUUACACUAUAAAUACUUCUGAUGAUGAGGAUGGUCUUAUCACUCAAGCUAUCCUCUUAGGAAACAUUGAGGCCGCAGUAUCUUUAUGCUUUACUAGCAAAAGAUACGCUGAUGCCAUAAUUCUUUCGAUGGCCGCUGGUCCUGAGCUGCUAGCGCGUACUCAGUACAGGUACUUUUCAGAGCAUUCCAGUGCAUUAAAUUCUCUCAUCAAUUCACUACUUAGCGAGAAUUGGGCGGAAGUUGUCAAGAAUAGUGACAUAAAGUGCUGGAAGGAGGCGUUAGUUGGUAUAUUUACAAAUUCCAAUACGCAGGAACGAUCUGCUCUAUGUGAUAUGCUCGGCGAUCGUUUGGCAUCGUGCGAAAACCCGGUUCUCAAAAAGCAAGCGCAAAUCUGUUACAUUUGCUCCGGCAACUUGAAUAAGUUGAUUGAAGUAGCCAACGCCGACAUCCAAGAAGUAGUGGAAUUGGUCGUAAUAAUGCAGAAAGCCUUGGAACUCCAGGGUAUCAAGGAAAUUCACAUAAAAGAUAGAAUCGCUUCUGUACUGUCUCAGUAUGCCGAAAUGCUGGCGGCGGAGGGCGAUCUAGAGGCUGCUCUGAAUUAUCUCGGAAACAGUCAAGAGCAGAGAGUUUCAAUGUUGAGGGAUCGUUUAUGUAAAGCUCUAAGUUAUGUACAGGAACAGAGGAGUAUCGCGAAACCUGCGAAUCAAAAUUAUCACUAUGAACAGACUAUACCGGGAAGACCGUCGCAGAACUUGCAAAACGCAACGUACAAUCCGCUGCAACAGUCAUUACAGCAGGCAACACCUGCACAAAACUUACAAAACACGUACAAUCCGCUGCAACAGCCAUUACAACAGGCAACACCUGCGCAAAACUUGCAGAACACGUACAAUCCGCUCCAACAGCCGUUACAGCAGACGACACCUGUGCAGAGCUGGAACACGACUCCGCUGAAGCAGGCUUACGGUGUUCCUACAAAUCAGACACUUAAUCCUCAGUUUUACGGAAUGCCAACAUCUCAACCGCAAACGCAAUCUACGGUCUACGAUCAAUAUUCUGCACCGCAUUCGUAUAAUCAAAUUCCAGCGACUCAGCCUCCUCCUCCGCCACCUCCGUCGGGUUCCAGUUUGAGUACUGGCUCAAGACCGUCCAGUGUCGGACCGCAAUCGAGAUCAAAAUAUCUAAUUGACCCGUCUGUAAAAUCCACUCCCACGUACGGUCAGAGCAGUUUUCCGUCGCCGAAUCAGUUGUACAAUUCUCAACAAAUUGCCCCAGUUCCUGGGUAUCCUCUUCAAAACGCAUAUCAACCUCAAGUUUCUAUGUCGAGUAACAUCUAUGCCAGUCAACCGCCAAGUUUUGUGAAUAAUCCUAAAGAACCCGAGCCGUACAAGCCGCUUCAGCCGAACAUAAUGCAGCCUCCGUUGCAGCAAAACACGCCUCAGACUCAAAUGUACGACCCUAUCAGAGCUCAGCCUCCUCCACAAAUGCAGACACACGGCAAUGGAAAUGUGCCAUAUCAAUUGCCACCACAAGCAUCUGGAUGGAAUGAUCCGCCGAACGCAAAAAGUUCUAAAGCGCAGCCAAAAACCGAAUAUCAACUGCAAAAUCCAAUUUUGCAUCCAUUGCGAAGCAGUCAACCAGAACCAAGUCCAUUACAACAAGACAAUUUCUAUCAAGAACAUCACUCAUCUUAUAAUGUGCAAUAUGGUCAAGGCAUGUCGAAUACUGCACCAGUUAACAAACCAGUUGAACCAUUAUUACAACCUACAAUGCCUGCUGUUCCUGCAAAGAUGGUCGAACCAGAAAAAUCUAAAGCACCUAUCCCUGAGCAACAUGUACAUCUGAAAACAAUACUAGAUGAAUUAAAAAAUCAGUGUUAUGAAAAUGCAAAGAAUCCGCAAAUCAAAAGGAAGAUAGAAGAUGUAUCUAAAAAACUGGAAGUGCUGUAUGAUUGCCUUAGAGAAAAUAAGUUAUCUCAGAAUACUUUGCAAGGAUUACAUCAGAUAUCACAAAUGAUACAAAAUGGCAAUUAUACAGGAGGAUUAGAUUUACAUACGCAAUUAGUAUCAGGACCAGAUUUUAGUCAAAUAGCUUCCUUUAUGCCUGGAAUUAAAGUAUUACUUCUAAGUGCCCUUCAACUAAGCGUUUACAUUAGAUAGAAUCAUACAUUUAAUUGCCCACAUACUCGUGAUUUUUUUAUAAUUCUAAAUAUCCUUAACGAUAUUAUUUGUGCAUUAACUUUAUAUAAUAAUCAGUAUACAUCAAUAAUGUAGCAUAAUGAUAUUCAGACAUGGAUCACGUAUAUCUUUUAUCCACAUUUUAUAUACUUUGAAAAUUGUAUAUUUUAUUAGAGAGUAACUUUAUAAUUUCGUUAAUUAUCAAUCAUCAUUUAUUAUUAUUUACAUAUAUACAUAUGAGGAAAUAACGAGAUAUAUUUACAGAUGAUAUCUGUAUAAAAGAUUUCAAGGCA